CUGCGCAGCUAGCCAGCCAGCCAGCCAGCCAGCCACUGUAGUCUUCGAGCGCGUCCUGGCAGUCUGACAGUCACCAUGGGCUUCAUACCGGACAGAGGCGGCUUCAGUCUUCUCCUGCUGUUGCUUAUAUUUCUCUCGGAGGCUCAUUUUCGAUGGGCGUCGGCCCAACACUGCGUGUGGUACGGCGAGUGCGGGGAGUCCGAAACAGUCCGCGGGAAGAAAUAUAAUUGCAACUACACGGGAGCCGCCGAACCUCUGGACCCCGAAGGCUAUGACCUCCUCACGGAGCUGUGUCCCGGUUACGACUACGGCGACCGCCGACUCUGCUGCGAUGUGGACCAGUUGCGUACUCUCAAAGCCAGUCUCCAGCUGCCCCUGCAGUUCCUGUCCCGGUGCCCCUCGUGUUUCUUCAACUUGAUGAACCUCUUCUGCGAGCUGACGUGCAGCCCGCACCAGAGUGGGUUCAUGAAUGCCACCGAGUUCAAAACGAGCAAUUCCAGCGCCUCCAGCGUGGUGGAGGUUCAGUACUACAUCGGGCGGACCUUCUCCAACGCCAUGUACAACGCCUGCCGAGACGUACAAGCGCCGUCCAGCAACGUGAAGGCCUUGUCGCUGCUCUGCGGCAAAGACGCCAAAGACUGCAAUGCCACCAACUGGAUCCAGUUCAUGUUUGACAUCAACAACGGCCAGGCUCCCUUUCCGAUCGUACCCAUAUUCUCGGAUGUGCCAGUGUCCGGCUACACGCCCAUGAACAACAAGACGUACGGCUGCUCCCAAGGCCUGGAGGAUGGUUCGGGUCCUUGCUCCUGCCAGGAUUGCACCGAGGCGUGCGGGCCCAAACCCGUCCCGCCGACGCCCCCGCCCCCCUGGACCAUCAUCGGUUUGGACGCCAUGACCGCCAUCAUGUGGAUCACGUACACCGCCUUCCUGUUUGUGUUUAUCGGCACUGUGGUCGCGGCGUGGUGUUACAGGAAAAGGACAAUCCCGUCAGAGUACAAACCCAUAUUGGACAGCCAUAACCCGUUGUCGCUCAACAGCGAUAAUCCCGACGCAGUCAACGCAUCUUGCUGCGAGACGCUGGGCGAGCGUUUUGAGAGCGCGCUGCGGACCGCCUUCAGCUGGUGGGGCUCGUUCUGCGUGCGCCACCCGGGCCUGGUGGUCUCGGGCAGCCUGCUCCUGGUGACGGCCUCUUCGGCCGGUCUGAUCUACAUGCGCAUCACCACCGAGCCCGUGGAGCUGUGGUCGUCGCCCGGCAGCCGGGCGCGCCAGGAGAAGGACUACUUUGACGGCCACUUCGGGCCUUUCUACCGGACGGCUCAGCUCAUCAUCACCACGCCGCUCAACAAGACCUUCAUCUACCAGCCGUACUUUGGGGGCUCCGACGUCCCGUUUGGAGCCAUCUUGGAUAAGGACAUCCUCCAUCAGGUGCUGGAUCUGCAGCUUGCCAUUGAAGCACUGGUGGCCCCGUACCAGGAGCAAAAGGUCACGCUGAAGGACAUCUGCCUGUCCCCGCUGGCCCCUUACAACGACAACUGCACUAUCUUGAGUGUGCUCAACUACUUCCAGAAUAGCCACAAUGUACUGGAUCACAAAAUAGGCGACGAGUUCUUCACCUACGCCGACUUUCACAGCCACUUUCUCUACUGUGUCAGCGCACCAGCGUCCCUCAAUGACACCACUCUCCUCCACGAUCCUUGUCUGGGCACAUUUGGAGGUCCCAUCUUCCCUUGGCUGGCACUGGGUGCCUUCGACUCCACCAACUACAACAACGCGAGCGCUCUCGUCAUCACCUUCCCCAUCAACAACUACCUCGACGACACGGACAGGCUGGGCAAAGCUCUGGCGUGGGAAAAAGAAUUCAUCCGCUUCAUGAAAGAAUUCCACAACCCCAACCUGACGGUGGCCUUCAACGCCGAGAGGAGCAUCGAGGACGAAAUCAACCGGGAGAGCAACAGCGACAUCGGCACCGUCGUCUUCAGCUACGUCAUCAUGUUCGUCUACAUCUCGCUGGCGCUGGGACACAUCAACAGCUGCAGGAGACUCCUGGUGGAUUCCAAGAUUUCCCUGGCCAUAGCGGGCAUCGUCAUCGUCCUGAGUUCAGUGGCGUCCUCGCUGGGCAUCUUCAGCUACGCCGGCAUCCCCCUCACCCUCAUCGUCAUUGAGGUCAUCCCCUUCCUAGUGCUGGCCGUGGGCGUGGACAACAUUUUCAUCAUGGUGCAAACGUACCAGCGAGACGAGCGGAUGCCGCAGGAGGAACUUCACCAACAGAUAGGUCGCAUCCUCGGCGACGUCGCACCCAGCCUCUUCCUCUCCUCCUUUUCCGAGACGGUGGCCUUCUUUCUGGGAGCGCUGUCCAACAUGCCGGCAGUCAGGACCUUCUCCCUCUUUGCCGGCCUGGCCGUUUUGAUUGACUUCCUGUUGCAGAUCAGCUGCUUUGUGAGCCUUCUGGGCUUGGAUGUGAAGAGGCAGGAGGCCAAUCGUCUGGAUAUCAUCUGCUGCGUAAAGCUGCCCGAAGGUCAGGAAACAAAGACGGACAGCAUCCUCUUCGGCUUUUUCAAGAAGUUCUACGCUCCGUUCAUCCUCAAAGAGUGGGUGCGGCCCAUCAUUGUGGCUGUGUUUGUGGGAGCGUUGUCCUUUAGUAUUGCUGUGGUCAACAAAGUUGAGAUCGGACUGGAUCAGCAGCUCUCCAUGCCCGACGAUUCCUAUGUGUUGCAGUACUUCAAGAACCUGAGUGAAUAUCUCCACACGGGAGCUCCGGUCUACUUUGUGGUGGAGGACGGCCUGAACUACAGCAGCCUGGAGGGCCAGAACGCCGUGUGCGGCGGCGUGGGCUGCAACAACGACUCGCUGGUGCAGCAGGUCUACUCUGCGUCGCUCAUCAGCAACUACUCCACCAUCGCCUUCACGCCUUCCUCCUGGCUGGACGACUACUUUGACUGGGUCAAGCCGCAGUCCAGCUGCUGCCGUUACUACAAUGCCACAGGCGCCUUCUGUAACGCUUCAGUGGUGGACCCAUCAUGCGUGCACUGUCGACCUUUGACACAAAGCGGGAAGCAGAGGCCCGUGGGUGACGACUUCAUGCACUUUCUCCCCAUGUUUCUGUCGGAUAAUCCCAACGUCAAGUGUGGAAAAGGCGGCCAUGCAGCUUACGCCACAGCGGUGGACGUUUAUGCCAACAACAGCCAAGUGGGAGCCAGCUACUUCAUGACCUUUCACACCAUCCUGAAGGAGUCUUCAGACUACAUUGACGCUUUGAGAAUGGCCCGCAUCUUAGCGGACAACAUCAGUCAGACCAUGGACCACAAGGUCUUUGCCUACAGCGUCUUCUACGUCUUCUACGAGCAGUACCUGACCAUCGCCUACGACACGGCCUUCAACCUGAGCGUGUCGCUGGGCGCCAUCUUCCUGGUCACCACAGUGCUGCUGGGCUUUGAACUGUGGUCGGCCGUGCUGGUGUGCGUCACCAUCGCCAUGAUCCUGGUCAACAUGUUUGGCGUCAUGUGGCUGUGGAACAUCAGCCUCAACGCCGUCUCGCUCGUCAACCUGGUCAUGGCCUGUGGGAUUUCUGUGGAGUUCUGCAGCCAUCUGGUUCGGGCUUUCACCGUCAGCAUGAAGACGAGCAGAGUGGAACGGGCUGAGGAGGCGCUGGCUCACAUGGGUAGCUCGGUGUUCAGCGGGAUCACACUGACAAAGUUCGGUGGCAUCCUCAUCCUGGCGCUGUCCAAGUCGCAGAUUUUCCAAGUGUUCUACUUCCGCAUGUACUUGGCCAUCGUGCUGCUGGGCGCCGCGCACGGCCUCAUCUUUCUGCCUGUGCUGCUCAGCUACAUAGGUCCCUCAGCCAACAAGGCUAAGGUGUUUGCGGCCAACAGGCGCUUGGUCGGAACCGAAAGGGAGCGGCUCCUCAACUACUAAGACAGCCGGCGGCCAAACGGGCUGGACAACAAUGAGCGGGAGGAUUGUGACUGCCAUGUGCUUUCUUUUUUUGGUUUGCUUUUUCCCCCUUCUCAUGGUCUCCCGCCCUUACUGACGACGCCCGCCUGCCCAUCAUGGCCGCUAUUGUCUUUUUACAUGGAUUGGACUGAGGACUUGACAUUUGUGGUCAGGCUACCAAUGUCUGGCGCUCAAGUGACUGAACCUCCGGAGAACUGUCAGUUGUCGGACAUUGUAGGUGAUUUAGCAAAUCUUUAAAGGGGAAUACUGAUCAGUUGUUUUUUUUAAUGACAUAAAUAGUACAUAUAAAUAAACAAGAAACAUUUUUAAACGACUGUGUAUAUAUCAGAGCUCAAGCUAACAUGUUCCAAGUCUUCACUGUUACCAAGUAAUGAUGCAAUAACGGUAGUAAUGACUCAGGUUUGACUCUCUCCUCGUUGUGGAGACUGUUGAGAUACUAAAGCCCUCUAAGCUUUGUCAAGAAAAACACAUUUUUGCUAAACAGGUUUAGGUGUUUGCUCUACGCACAUGUGUAAAUCACUCAUUUAUAGAAUCAUCCUUUCACAUACACGACAAUAAGUUAUUAAGUUCAAAUAAUACCUCAGCAUUAAUUGGAAUACUGGAAUCAUGUCUUGCUCUUUCUUGAACAGUACCACUUUUAAUUGUUGUAUUAAUCAUGUCGUUGGAGUGAAACUGAAGCUGCGUGAAAGUUAUUCAACCAUUCCUUUGCGAGUCUAGUUUUUAGAGACAAUUUUAAUACAUGACUAAAGAAUUAUCGAUACAGAAUAACAUUUAAGGCUGUCCGUGGCUCCUAAUCUUUCUUUUAAGCGGUGUUUCUCGGGGAGCGGUCAUGCGUGGCUGUUUCGGAGGUCCGCAAAUUAAUUGGAAAGAAACAUUCUCUUGUCGCAUUGGCGAAAAGCUGAAAGAAUCUGAAAUACCUGCAUGAACAAAGACGGCUAGAGUCAAAGGGGAAAGUCUACUUUUAGAUAAUAAACACUUGUUAUCCUUAAUAAUUGUAAUAUGACAAUAAAGUUUUUGAAAUUCACUUGUUAAA